GCGAAACACAUUGUGAUGAAAUAAUUUGGGCGCACUUGUUCCUGUUACCAUCCGUACAAGUUGAAUUGAGCGAUUUACGCAGCUCUUGAUUUUUCAAAAACCUGCAAAUCCUUCUUUUCUUAUUUCUAAAUCCAUAACACAAACACGUAUACAUAGCAAAUAAUACAAGAAUGUUCAGUUGUUCUUGGCUUUAGGUUUCUAUCUAUUCAAAUAUUGCUACAUAAUUCAAAUGGGUGCUCUUGAAAUCAACCCCAAAAAGCGUGAUGCAACCCCCACAACUUUCAAUCACAAGUUAGAUUCAUCACUUUUUAGUGAGACCCAUGUUUUUAAAAGGCCAAAAUUUGCACCCAACACUCCAGAUUUGAGUCAAGAUAGGCCUGUUGUUUUGAGAAGUACAGCUUCUAGGGUUCUUGAAUACCCUGAGAAAAAAACCCGGUUCAGGAGACCGGUUCAUGCUCCUUGUAGAGCUAGGAGAUUCAGCUUCUUGAAGGGUGUUGGUAGAAACUAUGUGAAUUAUAUGAGUACCAAGAAAGAAGCUUUUAGUACUUUUAGGUUUUGUGCGGGGAAACAUGGUUUGAAGGUGGUUGAUACAGAUGAAUUUAAGUAUGGUGGGUUGGAGGGUAAAGAGGUUUUUGAUGUCGAAGAAGUUGAGGUGAUAGAUACAGAUGAUUGUAAAGAAGUUGAAGUUGUUGAUAGGGGGAAAGGGAAGUUGUGGGAGUGUGAUGAGGUGGUUGAAAUGGACAGGGAUGUUGAGGGAGCCAAUUGUCAGCCGUCGUGUUCGUCUGUCAUUUCGGAUGAUAUGAUUGGUGGGAAUUUGAAGGUGGAUGGAGAGAAGAGUUUGGAGAUGGUGGAGAGAAGGGAGGAGUUGGAGAAACCUUCACUUGAAAAAUUGAAAAAGUCGGUUGAGAAACGGAAUGAAAAUCUUGGAUUUAUAGGUUCUAUGAUCGACUUUUGCAAUAAAAAACUGUCUAUGUUGCAAUUCCUCCGCCCUGCAAAGAAACCGGUCAAGGAUGUAGAUAGAAUGCUUUUUGUGCCUCUUACUCAGGAAGAAGAGAAUGAAGUUUCUACUGCUCUUUCUAAUGCCAAAAGGAGGAGGCUUUUGGUCACUCAUCAGGAGUCUAAUAUCGAGAUCACUGGAGAGCUACUUCAGUGUUUAAAGCCUUGUGCAUGGUUAAAUGAUGAGGUUAUUAACCUGUAUCUUGUGUUGCUGAAAGAGAGGGAACUGAGGGAUCCCCGGAAGUUCUUGAAAUGCCACUUUUUUAACACAUUCUUCUACAAAAAGUUAGUAGGCGGGAGAAGUGGCUACGAUUACAAAUCAGUUAGAAGAUGGACUACACAAAGGAAGUUAGGAUACUGCCUUUUUGAGUGUGACAAAAUAUUCAUCCCUAUCCACAAAGAAAUACAUUGGUGCUUAGCCGUUAUCAACAAGAAAGAUGAAAAGUUCCAAUAUCUUGAUUCACUUAGAGGACGAGACAAGCAAGUGAUGGCAAUGCUGGCUAGAUAUUUCGUUGAUGAGGUGAAGGACAAGAGUGGGAAAGAUAUUGAUGUUAGUUCCUGGAAGCAAGAAUUUGUGGAGGACCUUCCUGAGCAGCAGAAUGGUUAUGACUGUGGCGUGUUCAUGAUCAAAUAUUCAGAUUUCUAUAGCAGAGAUGUGGGACUCUGUUUCAACCAGGAGCACAUGCCAUAUUUUCGAAGGAGAACUGCUAAAGAGAUUUUGCGAUUAAAAGCUGACUGAAUAUCUUAUGAGGAACUGCCAAAAGGAUUUUGAGAUUAAAAGCUAACUGAAGAUAUAUAGUUUCUGACCAUAUCUUGCUUCUUUAUGUUCCCUGCAAAUGGGUUCUGUCCAUCUAGUCAAAAUGACUCAGUGAUAGGCUGCUUUUCUUUGCGCUGGUUGUUUUUGGUUUGUGUAUCUAAGGGUAUAUGCUAAAUACUUUUUGAAGACUGUAAUUGUUGAAACAAUUCAUAAUGGUGAUUUUGAGUUGUAUGAUAAGGAUCUGACAAUUGGUAUAUGAAAAUGACAUGAAAAGUUAGUAUUCAGAUUACAA